AAUGCUCAAGUUCUUCUCUGCGCGCGGGAUGACGAGAAUGAAAGCCUUCUGGGAGCAAUAACUGAGGAUGAAGGAGACAAUCCGUCUCUUCAGGACACCAAGCACCACUGGCUGAACAGACCCUGCCUGCUGGUGCUCAAAGAUGGGGACGUUUCCAAACCAGGAUUGGGCUGCGGCCAAAUAAGACCAGAAUCUCCAUCUAAGACCUCCUCAGAUGCAUCAGUCAGAGGCAGCUUGGGGCAAUGUGAGCAGAAACCAUCUGAACAUCCUGCCAAAACUGCUUCGCCCUCCCUGCUGGAGGAGGGCAGCUGCACUGUGACCACCAUCUCCACAUGGGGUGAGAGUUGUUUUGGGGAGUCUUCCAGUCCUUUGGUGCUGAGUCCUGCUGAGGCUGCAUGGCCAGAAGAGGAGGAGGAAGAGGUGGCAGAGGAGAAGAAGAAGAAGCCUCAGGCUCUCCCAUCAAAGGAGGACUCUGUGGUUGAGGAGAAGGAGCUGGAGGAGAGCAGGCUGGAGCAGCAAGAGCAGUCCUCAGAGGCGACCGCAGCACCCUCUACUCUCUUACACGAUGAUGCAAGUGGCAGGGGGUCCAAGGAGCUCCAGAGCCAGUUUCAGACGGUCAGAGCUAAUGGAGGAGAUGAGACAAACAGCAGCAAGUCCCAGGCAGACAGUGGGGAAGGAGCGGUGGGGGACUGUGCAGCGUCUCCUCUCGAUCCUGACAAUGAGUCUCAGCUAAGUCCGGUUGGUAUUCUGUCCAAGGACCGAGGCACUGUUCUCGGGGAGGUGGCUCCGGUGUGGGUCCCUGAUGCUCAGGCACAGGUCUGUAUGAAGUGUGGAGUCAAGUUUACGUUUACGAAGAGGAGGCACCACUGCCGCGCCUGUGGGAAGGUUUUUUGUGCACUCUGCUCCAAUUUGAAGUUCAGACUUACACAUCUGGAUGGCAAGGAGGGCCGAGUUUGUGUUUCCUGUCAUUCAACCCUCCUCAAAAGGACACCUCCGAGGGGGAAGAGGAGGGUGUGGUUUGCAGAUGACAUCCUCCCCAAUAAGCAGUCAGAAUCUGCACCGACCACGCCAGUCAGAGGGUUCUCGCCUCUGAUGAGACGACGAGCGCUGGGCGGGCCCGUCAGAAGUCCUGUGGGUUCACCACAAAUCAGGAGAGCUUUGCGGCCACACGGGACAAAUAUUAAUGAGGCUUGCGGCCCUUACGGCUGGGGCACCACAGCUUUAGUGAGCAGCUCUGCCAACCUCAUCCCCCUGGACGGCCUGCCACCCAUCCUCACGUCCACAGGAGUCAAAGGAGAUUACACUGUGGAGGAGCAGCCCUCUGAGAUGCUGCUUAUUCAGGAGUUGGAGAGUGGCAGGCAAACUCUGGUGUUUGUCCUCAAUGCCAAUCUGCUUGCUAUGGUGAAGCUGGUCAACUAUGUUAACAGGAAAUGCUGGUGCGUGACGACAAAGGGGAUGCAUGCUGUGGGCCAGGUGGAGGUGGUGGUGCUGCUGCAGUGCCUGCCAGAGGAGAAAAGCUUCCCCAAAGACAUUUUCAGCCACUUUAUCCAACUGUACAGGGACACCCUCACAGGAAAGGUUGUGAAACACCUAUCGCUAUCCCUGUUUGGCACUAGUUUCCUGGGCAGCGAGGAGCACGUAGGCUUCCUGUACAUUCGCUCCACUCUCCAGUCCCUUCAAGGUCUACCUCUGCCAAACCAGCCCUACCUCUUCGGCCUGCUGGUCCACAGAGCAGAGGUGACCUGGGCCAAAGCCUUUCCUCUGCGUCUCAUGCUGCGAUUGGGGGCUGAGUACAGAUUUUACCCGUGUCCUCUCUACAGCGUGCGUUUUAGGAAGCCCUUAUUUGGGGAAAUUGGCCACACCAUCAUGAGACUAUUAGUGGACUUCAGGAAUUACCGUUACAGCCUACCAAUGGUGCCGGGGCUCACUGUGGAUCUUGAGGCUCAGAGGACCUGCAUAAAGAUACCGACCACUGGGUAUAAUGAGCUAAUGAAGGCUUUGAAUAAAUCCAAUGAGCAUGUGCUGGCCAUCGGGGCGGGCUUCAACGAGACUGCAGACUCCCACCUUAUCUGUGUGCAAGGAGACGAUGGCCAGUACCAGACUCAAGCCAUCAGCAUCCACAAUCAGCCGCGCAAAGUCACUGGAUCAUGCUUUUUUAUAUUCAGCAGUGCCCUGAAAGCGUCUGCUGGAUAUCUGGCCAAGUCCAGCAUCGUAGAAGAUGGGCUGAUGGUGCAGAUCACUGUGGAAACCAUGGCAGAGCUCAGGCGGUCGCUACGGGAGAUGAAAGACUACACAGUCACCUGUGGACGGCUGGACCAAUCAGACAGCCAGGAGCUUGUGUGUAUCCAGUGGGUGGAGGAGAAGUGCACUGUGAAUAAGGGAGUUAUUAGCCCCAUCGAUGGAAAAUCCAUGGAGUCCAUCAGCAGCACUAAGAUGUUCCAGAAGUCAGAAUACAAAGAAAACGGGAAGAUCAUCCGCUGGACAGAAGUGUUCUUCCUGCAGAGGGGGGAUCAUCCCAAAGGAGGAGCCAGUGACUCUGCUGAACAUGACCGGUUGACAGAGCGGAUUGCCCGGGCGUUUUGCUUGGCACUGUGUCCGCACCUCAAACUCCUGAAAGAGGAUGGGAUGGCCAAACUGGGGCUGCGAGUCGCUUUUGACUCUCAAGAGGUGGGAUUUGUGGCUGGGAGCAAUGGACAGCCCCUCCCAGCUCAGUACCUGAAUGCCCUUGACAGUGUGCUGAUCCCUGUCAUCCACAGCAGGGGGCGUAAGAGAGGCGAUGAACCCAUCGUGAUGGAGCUUAUCUUCUACAUCCUGGAGAACAUCACUUAGUGCACUCAACUAUUUCAUCUUUCACCCUGACCACAACUCUGUCUCUGGCACUUCUCAUCAGUGCUGCCAUCGGUUUCAGGGCAACAAAAGCAUCAAAGGGCGAACCGGACCACGUCAGAGGUCUGCAUCCAUCUCAUCCACUCACGAGUAGAGAGAAAUGGUCUGACUCUUAGUGGUUUGCUGAUCUCACCCUGCCCUGCAGCAGACAGUCUGGGUACGCAUGAAACCCAGGAUGGAGCAUCAGAUCACUGUACACUGUACAGCAGUAGCAACUUCAUAGCUUGAAAUCAUUCACGUCACAAUGUUCAAUACAAGUUUCCCAUAUGGAGAAAACCUUUAAAAGUGGGAGCCGGAUUCAGCUCCACAACCUUAAAGCAAAGAGAAUAAGAGAAUGACUCGAAGAAGAGAAUCUAAGUAGAUCUGUAGAGAUUUGAUGCACACUGAAUGAAUGCCAAAAGAAUGUUUUCAUACUGGAUGUAUUUUAAUUGAUUGCUCAUGAAAUGUAAUGUUGGCCUGGAAUUAAACUUGCAACAAUGA